GCUAUAUAAGACGCUUGUAACAUAUAAUUGAUUACACUUGGCAGCAACAUUUUGUAAACAACAUGAUAUUUUACGCUCUUACAUUUAGUAUAUUGUGCGUUGCAACAUUUGUAUUAUGUGAAGCGGAAGAACUUACACUUCCUGUAACCACUUGCAAGCGGAAUUUAACUGACUAUUCGACCUGUUUAAAAGAAGCGGUAGAAGAAGCAUGGCCACGAUUUGUUGAAGGACUUCCAGAAUUCGAUUUUCCACGGUUGGAUCCAAUACUCUAUAAAGACGGCAGAAUUGUAUUUAAUAGAAGCCUGAUAUAUGCAGAAGGAAACGUGAUAAAUGCAACGGUUUUUGGUUUUGGACUUUCUCAUUUUCUGGAUGUGAGAUCGCACUUUCUGGAUGAUGUUUUCCGUUUGGAAAUGGAUAUACUAAUGCCGAAAAUAAUUAUUUACUCUUACGUUGACGGGCAGUCUAAUCUAUUUGGAAUGCGAACAAAUGGUAGAGGACAACUCAAUGUAACAUUGAACGAAAACAGAAUAACACAUGAUAUAAUAGGACACGUAGAAAAUGAUACAUGGACUGUAAAACAUCACCGAAUAAUUAUGACAGUUGAAAAAAUGAAGUGUCAUCUUAGUGGUUUCUUUGAUGACAGUAAAGAGCUUAAUGAUAUUUUAGAAGAUUUUAUAAACGAGUACUGGCCACCACUUUAUCGAGAGUUUGCGCCAGCAGUGUUUGAACUAAUAGAUCCAUUCUUAGUUAAUCUAGACAAUCGUCUUUUUUCGAAAGUUUCAUUCUCGAAAGUAUUCCCAUAAAAUCUAUACACUUGUUACAAAAUUUAAAAAAUGCCCGAUUUUAUAUAGAAUUGAAAAUAUAUUUAACAUCUAAAACAUUAAAAUUGAAAAGUUAUUAAGCAUAAA